CCGGCCGGCGCGGUGUCCGUUUGUGGUUUUCGUAUCGCAUAGUUUACUGGCUCGUAAUCGGUCGCAGUUUAAACAAGUGUGUCGAUAAUUGAUAUAUUUCGAAGCGAAUAAUUAAUAUUACAGAACGGAAAUUGACGUGCAUGUGUAUAUUGUGUUUGUACUUUUUACAUAUAGAAGAAAGAUGAUACGAAGAUUUAAUCAUAAUCGGAAGAAUGAAGGACGAGAUUCAUUGUCGAACAUUCCUAAUUAUUCGGCAAGUCCCGUGAUGAUCAAAUCCAAGGAUGUCUUGUGCGGAUUAUGCAAGAACCGAUUCUACAUCGGCAAAGACUUAAAGGGUCACAAAAGUCCACUUCUUUUACCAUGUGGUCAUACCACGUGUAAUACAUGUGAAUCUACAAGACCAAAUAUGCUAUGUCCACAAUGCCCAGACAUAUCUGGAGAAGCAGAACUUGUAAAAAGACAAAGAUUGCCACAUAACUUGUAUGUUAUUGGUGCACUACACGCACUUUCAUCAAUGCCGUUGCAUACUAUUGAAGAACCUGAUUUUUCAUUUCAUGUAUCAGCAAAUGCUUUGGCUCGUCAACAUUUUGAGAGAGGGCCUUGUCAAGAGUGUGGUAUGAUUGCUUAUUGCGAGUGUAAAACUUGUCAAGCAUUAUUCUGCAAACUGUGCUAUAAAAAGAUCCACAAGAAAGUUCUUAAAGAUCAUGAAACAAUAAUUCUAAACAUUUCCUAUGAGUUGCCUAUUACAAUGUUUUGCCCAAAUCACAAUGAUGGAGCUGAUCCUGCAGAGUAUUACUGUGAAGAUUGUGACUUUGAAGGAUGCUCUCACUGUAUUCUUAAACAUCAUAAAAACCAUAAGGCAUAUGCUGUUAGUGAGAUAAAUGAUGAUGCAAUGCCAGAAUUCGAAGCAGCUCUUGAAAAAAUCAAUGAAACUUGGAGAAGAACUCGUCAAACAAAAAAGAAUCUCACUCGCAAGCUGGUCUCGUCGGCGGAUCAGAUCAAGUACGAGCAAACGGAGUCGUCGCUCACUCAGCACUUCGUCUACGUUCACGGCGUAUUGCAGAAUCUCGAGACGCAGAUGAAGCGGCGCCUACGCGAACAACGAGACGCCCUCAAAGCCGACAUCGACGCUUUCCACGAGAUGCUCACCGAGCAGGAAAAUCAACUGGCUCUGGCUUACACGAUGGCCCUGACCGCCAGCAACAAGACCGACUGCUCGAUCAAUAUUAAGAAACUGACGGAGAAGCUGAUGGAGCUCGCCGAUAGUCCUUGCCACCUGUGGACGAACGACAACCAGGCGGACAGACUACAGUUGAGCAUAAACUACGACUGGAUCGACACUAUGAAGGACAAUCACAUACGGCUGCACGUGCCCGAAAAUCCGAAGUUCGUUCUGCUGAAGAGCAACGAGCUGCCCGACGACUACGAGCCGGAGUCCAUCGACUGCGACGAAAAUCUGAGUGCGAACAUACCAAGUAGCUUCCGAAGGGACAGCCCGUCCCCGUUGCCGUCGCUGCCGUCGUGCAGCAGCAGCCCCGCCAAUCAAUCGUCCGAAGACUCCAUGGCUGUCGUGCCGCUCGAGCCCUCGAGCUUGGCAGUAGGCAAGCCGGAGCGCGUGAAAAUGACGUGUUUCAACGAUCCCACGGACUUUUACGUUAUGAAAAAGUCCGACGAGAAGUUCUACGACGAAAUGCAGACGCUCAUCGAAAAUCACUUGGAGGGUCACACAGAACCACCCUCGGUCGUCAUUCUCAACAGUCUCUACCUGGUACAAAACCACAUGGAUCAGAAAUGGUAUCGCGGUCGUGUGACUCGCAAAAUAACAUCCAACGACCAGUUGCUAUACACUGUUGUUUACAUUGACCUGGGCACAUGUGAUUAUGGCGUAAACAUUGAACGAAUACGCAAAAUGAUCACCGGUAUGAACAUCGCGCCAGGUAUGGCCAUACACUGUACUCUCGAAGAGAUUGUACCUGUCGAUGGCGGAGAUUGGGACGAAGAGGUUUUAAGGACUUUUACGGAUAUUGUUGCUGGGCAAAUACUCAACAUGACAAUUUUACAUGCUGAACCUGGCGGCAAAAAUACCGUUCAGUUGAAACUUGUGAAUGACACUGAAGAGACCUGUUUGCGUGAGAUUCUUUUGCUAUCAAAAAAAGGAAAACAGAAUACUUUCCAAAAGCUUAAGAGAAUCAAUCCUCUGUCAGCACACCAGUUUUAUUACGAGGAUUUGCCGAUCAACGAAAAAUAUAUCAAAGUGACAGUUCUGAACGUAGUAUCUCCAAAUUGUAUUUACGUCAAAAAUGCUAAUAACAAUCAUUCUAAAGGAUUUAACAAAAAGAUUUACCAAUUCCAACGCGAGUACAGUCAGGCUUUGAAAACUGAAAAUUUAUCUAUUAAAACUCUGGAGUUCGGGGACACCGUAGCUUUGGAAGAAGAGUUGAUGUAUUACAGAGGAUACAUUACUAACAUUAUCCAUCAAAAAUCCAAAGUCGAAAUUUUUCUUGUUGAUACAGGAGAAACGAAAAUUGUAAAAAACUCAAAAAUAACUCGUUUGCCCCAUCGCUUUUGUGAAUGGACUGCUCGAGCUAUCAAAGUUUCGCUAAUUGACAUCGAACCUGUACAGGGUAGCACGUAUUCUGAAAAAGCCAUAAGUUACUUGCAAAAACAUCUGACCAAUCAAAUAGUAAAAAUACUUCCAAUCUUGAAGUUUGGAAAUGCAUAUGGCGUUACUAUGCUGACCAUGAAUGAAACCAAUGUCAACGCGAAUCUCGUAUCGAUUAACUAUGCUGUAAGCACUGGACAGUACUCAAAGCACGCAACUUUGAACAACGACAUAAGAGCUCCAGUUAAACCACGCCAAACACAACAUAAUUACAUAAACAAGGACGAUACAGAGUCGUCGCUGGAAAGGUCGUCAUUCAAUGACGAGCAAUUGAAAGCCAAGUCUCAAAAAUGCAAACUGCCAAGCAAAAGAUCCGAAGAAGUCGAUCCGUUCCGUGUGCGUAUAUUAUUGCACAAAGUUAUAUCUCCGGAUGAGAUGUACGUAUCGGAUAAAACCAACACCACUAUAUUUGAGAACAUGAACCAGCAACUACAAAAGUUUUACGCGGAAAAUCGCGCGGAGUGCAGCAAAGACGAGUUGGAUUCGAGUCUUUACUAUUGCAUUUUCUCGCGCAAGGAUAAUCAGUAUUGUCGAGCGAUGUUCCUCGGAAUGUCAGAGAAACAUCCUACCAAAGCGAAAAUGGCGUUGAUUGAUCAUGCUGAGUGCACCGAGAUUGAACUUGAUGAGAUUCAACCGUUGAAUACGCGAUUCCUUGACGUUUCUAAACAUAUGUUUAGGAUCAAAUUGGCUGGGGUUACUCCUUGUGGAGGUAGCAAGACUUGGCCGUGGUCUUCGUGUAGAAAGCUUAAGGAGAUUAUCGAAGAUAGUGGCGGUGAUACCAAAUAUUACAUCACUUUGGCUGGUUCUGCUGAAGCAGAUGAAGCUAUCCCUGUCGACUUGCAUAUUCGGCGAAACGUAUUAGUAGGACCAACAGAGCCGAGUCGUCGAGAAAGUAUCUCGGUCAGACGACGUCUCAUCGAAGAUGGUCAUGCAUUCCCUAUUAGAGGUUACGACGAUGACAAAGAAAAGGAAUUGGCAGUAGAACUGAAGAAGAAGUUAAAGCUAGAUAGCCCAUUGAUUGGUACGGACAUUUUCUUCGCUGAUACUUCAAAGAAUAACCCAAACCUGACCCCGAUCGAAGAAGAGGGCAUGGUUUACGAUGAUCUGUGUGACGGGAAGUCGGACAAUAGAGGUGAUGAGCGAACUUGUGACAACGACAGGGAUAAUGAAGAAGAAGAUGAGGAUGAAAAAGAGGAACAAGAAGAAAGGAAUUCUGAUACAGAAAAUGAUAGAGAUGACUCGGAAACAAACUCGAUUAAAGAUACAUCAGAUGAUUUGAGUCCAUUGCCACUUAAAGUGCAAGACUGGAUACCUGCCGCUCAUCUUGUUCAGGACGAAUUAAUUGCCAAGGUUACUUACGUCGAUGACAAAGGCCAAGUUUAUUUCUAUCCAGAUACCAAAGAGUACUAUGAUAUUCAAGAAUACAUCAAGAAAACUUUAUACAAAAAGUAUAAUAACACACCAAUAAGAAAGUACGACACUACUUGGGAAGUAGGAGAUUUAUGCAUUGCAAAUUAUCACGUUGAUGGCAUGUGGUACAGAGCAAAAGUAAUACACGUUAAAAGCGUACAUAAAAUUGUUACAGUAAUGUUUGUCGACUAUGGAAAUAUCGAAGAUUGUCAAAUUGGAGCUUUAAAGAAACGCAUUACUUUGACUGAGAUACCUAUUCAAGUUACUAGUGCUGCCAUCGCUGGAUUGAAACCUGUAACUAUGCAAUGGGAGGAAGCUGAUUUGGAUAUUAUCCAUUCAGCUCUCGUUGAGAAGAAAGUCAAAAUUAAGAUUUUGGACAAGCCACCAAAACCCUGGAGGGCAUUAUUCUGGAUAUUUGAAGGAAAUAGUCUUGUAGCAGUACCAUGGUACAUAAAGAACAAGACUCAAGUAAAGUGCUUGAUAGAGAAUGUGAUCGUACAACCUGAUGCUGAGGAUGAAGAAAAUUUUCUCAAUGAGUCAAUGGUUAUUGAAGAUUUUUCCAUUCAAGCAGUAGUCGACGAAUCAAAUGCGGGAUUUACGAUUCCAAUCAAUGACAAUGACUCUGAUGACUCUAGUGAAUACGAGUCAAUUCAGAGUAGAAAGUCUAACAAUGAUGAAAACGACAGUGAUAGUAAUAAAUCGGAUACGAUCAAGAGUACAGGUGAAUCGGAAAAUACUAUCAAAAUAAGACGGUCCAAAGUAUUAAAUGAAAACGGCAGUUCGUCUAGCUCUAGCUUCUCAGACAGAAGACGCAGUUCAGCGUCAAUUGACUCAUCAGAUACAAUUAUUUCGCCAAACAUCUCAAGCGAAUUUCUCUAUGAAAACAAAAAAGAGGAGAUUGUCAACGCCAACGAAGAGCAGUGGCUCUCUGGCAACUCAAUUUACCUAGCCAAUGAUUUGGAUAUCAAUUUUGACGUUCAAAGCGUCAAAAGCGAAGCGUUCAAUUUGGAAAUGAACGGUCCAAUAGUAGCUUCAACGCCUUUGAAUACUUCCUUGAGUACAGACGAUAUUGAGUUCGGUCCUAAAGACAUUGACUUUUUCUCUUACAAAUUACGCGAUUUUCAAAUGAGUAUUGGACAAGCAAAAUCGGCGAUAAGAAUGUCUGGAUAUAUCGUUGGUUGCUCUAAUAAGGAUUUGAAUACUUGGAUUGAAAGAAACAAAAUAAUGCAUAAAGAGAUACAAUCGGCUGCAAAAGAACAGCCUCUGCUGGCCUUGAGUAAAGGCGCAAUUGGAAUUGCAAAAUAUACCGAUAAACAAUGGUACAGGGUUCAAAUCGUCAAAAUGUUAAAAGAUGGUGUUAUAGCCGAGUUUAUUGAUUUCGGAAACUCUUCGGUGAUCAGCGAUGAAAACAAAAUACGUACAGCUAAAAAAGAGUGGCUAGAAGCACCGAGAUUAAGUUUCAACUACAAAUUCUAUAAUGUCAAAAUUCCACUUGGACGAGAGGAGCAAGCAUUUGAUGCAAUGGCUGAAAUAUUGAACGAAUAUUCAGUACUGACAGCUUCUAUAAAAGUGUAUGAGCCGGUUCUUGGUAUAGAAUUAUACUUAGAUGAAGCCUGCAAGGAGUUGGCCUAUUCUUCAUUGAUAAAAGAUGGUUUAUUAGAAGUUAUUGACCCGGAAGUUGAUUGAUUAAAUUAUUUGCGAGUUUUUAAAGUAUUACUUUUAUUUAGAUUUUAUAUCAUUGUUUUAUUUGAAUCUAAAUCAUAGCAAAAGAAAACUGUUUGAGUUCCACUUCAAAGCUUUAAAAAAUUUUGAAUUUCUUUACUUUUCACGAUAAAUGCUAUUAUUUGCUUGUAUUUUUAGGCUUAUUUUAAAAUAUUAGCUGUAUUAGUUUAAUGUAUUACAUAGUUUAAAAAAUAUUCGUUAUAUAUAUAUAUGAAGAAUCACAAUAGGAGCUAUGAUAUAAGUUUUUAUUCUACGAAGUUAAAAUAUCUGUCAUUUAAACUAUACUAUUGAA